AUGCCCAGAAAAGAAACUCACUUCGAAAACGCAAAUGAAGUGCAUUGGAGAAUUUUCCAGGAGUUUGCGGAACCGGACAGUGCCUCCGAUCCUGACGACGAGGGCUUUGAAGAGUAUCACGAGGGCGGUGACCAACAAGGAUUGAGCACGGGGACAUCAAAAUCUACUGAGGCCACUUCUGUAGAGAGCAGUGAUAAAGCUUCGAAGUCAAAACAUAGAAGUCGUAAGAAGCGAGCUUUGUCGCCUUUGUUGGAUCUGCUCGAUGUAGCGCCUGCUGUAUCAAAGAACUUCUCUCCCAAUGGAGAAUUCGAAAGAUUAGCUGGAACUCCUUGUCCAUUCAAGCUUGGACAAGUCGUCAAAUUUCCUAACUGCAAUCUCAGUACAUUGCGUAUAUCUGAUGUAACACUGCAUCGCUUGAUCGAUCUGUUGGAUCUGGUCGAUCGCCACAGAGUCUUGGUUACAUUUCAUAGAAUGAUUAAAGCUAUCAGUGAAAGAGAGCUUGCUCGCGGUUAUGAUUUUACGAUUGACAAAAAAUCACUCGUGAAGUGUCUCAAAGCGCUAGAAAGCGUUCAUCUCAUUACAAUGUUCGAUACUUUAGUAGUAGCUGAAAGCGUAGAAAAUAAGGUGCGAAUCGUCUGUCACCGUGACAUUCAUUCCGCGGACGAUCCAGAAGUGAUACAAGUCAUACAAGCAACAGUUGACGAGUAUCACAAAGAAGGCCGUGUUUUCCCACAUGGCCAGUUGAGGUGAGU